AUGAUUCUGACAUUGAUGCUGGGCCUCGGGGGGUGCCUUGGUUGGGGACUUCUGGGGGCCUGGGCACAGGACCCUGGUACCAGGUUCCCUGAUCCCAAAAGGCCCAGGGUACCCACAGGUUGGAAAAUAGAGGCUGAGGAUACUAGCGGAGACCCCAUCGGACGGAACUGGUGCCCUUAUCAGAAGUCUAGAUUGGUCACCUUUGUAGCUGCUUGCAAAACAGAGAAAUUCCUGGUCCAUUCACAGCAGCCGUGUCCACAGGGGUCUCCUGACUGCCAGAGAGUCAAAGUCAUGUACCGUGUGGCCCAGAAGCCAGUGUACCAGAUCCAACAGAAGGUGCUGAUCUCUGUGGCCUGGAGGUGCUGCCCAGGCUUCCAGGGUCCAGACUGCCAGGACUAUGAUCCCACAGCAAACCCGGGACCCACAGAGCUGAGUGGUGAACUCCCGGAGACUUGGGACCAGCUGAAUGGUUUUGAACUUGGCCACCCUGUUACAGAGUUCAAUGACAUUCAGGUGCCACAGGAACAACAGGAACACCUGCUUCAAGAUCUCCAGAAUGAUGCCCAGCUGGUUGAAGAUGGCCUCCCAGGCCCUUGGGAGACCCCAGCCAGCAACCUCACAGUUGAGACCGCAGAAGCCAAUCAAACAGAAUUUGAGUUUGCUGGCAGGAUGUCAGCGCACCUGCUGCAGGCCCAUAUCAAUGCGUUCCUGCAAGCACACUUUAGUCCCACCUUGAAGAGCUUCAGUGAAAGCUUGCACAGCCUCUCUCAGGCUGUCAGAAACUUGUCUCUUGAUGUGGAAGCCAAUCACCAGGCUGUCAAGAUGGUCCAGGAGAGCACUGUGACCGGGACUGAACUCCAAGAGCUUGGGGCCAAGUUUGAUGCCAAGAUCCAGGAGAAUAACCAGAGAGUGAGCCAGCUGUGGCAGGAUGUGGAGGACCAGCUGCAUGCCCAGCGCCGUUCUGUGCACCAUGCCCUCUCUGAGAUCCAAGCUGAGGUGAGCACCAAGUUAAAGCAGCUUGUCAAGGCUCACGAACUUCCAGGGGCCAAUGGCAGCCUGGCGGUGGCAUCAGCAGCAAGGCCAGAGCCAGAGAGCCUGCAGGCCAGGUUGGGCCAGCUACAGAGAAACAUGUCUGCUCUGCACGCCGUCAUCGAUUGGAGGGAGGAGGAGUUGCAGAGCACCCUCAAGAAGAUGGACAGUGUCCUGAAAAGGCAUGUGGAUGAAAUCAAGGAGCUAUAUUCUGAAUCAGAUGAGACCUUCGAUCAGAUCAGCAAGGUAGAACGGCAGGUGGAGGAGCUGCUGGUGAACCACACGGGGCUUCGAGAGCUGCGGGUGAUGUUGAUAGAAAAGUCCCUGAUCAUGGAGGAGAACAAAGAGGAGAUGCAGCGGCAGCUACUGGAACUCAACCUCACUCUGCAGCAUCUGCAGGUGGGUCACGCAGACCUCAUCAAGUAUGUCAAGGACUGCAACUGCCAGAGGCUCUACUCUGAAGUCGACGUUAUCCGGGAGGGUCAAAGGGACACCAUGCACACCCUGGAAGAGACCCAAGUGAGCCUAGAUGUGCAGCACCAGCUGGACGGUUCUUUGCAGGCGUUGCAAAGCACUGUGGAUGCCAUGUCAUCAACAAUGGAUGAGCACAAAGGAGAGGGUGAGCGGGCGCGGGCCGAAAGGGCCCGGAUGCGGAGCCAGCUGCGGGCGCUGGACCACGCGGUAGAAGCUCUGAAGGCUGUGGCAAACCAGACCAGCAGAGAGAUGCGCCAGCUGCAUAGCUCCUUUGCAGCCCUUUUGGAGGAUGCGCUGCGGCAUCAGGCGAUGCUGAAUGCCCUCUUUGGGGAAGAGAUGAUGGAGGAGAUGUUGGAGGAGGUGCCUCGCCCUCUGCCCCUGAAUUAUGAGCAGAUUCGCGUCUCCCUGCAGGACGCCGCCAGGGUACUGCAGGAGCAGGCGUCUGGCUGGAAUACCUUGGCCAGUCGGGUGCAGGCCUUGGAGAAGGCCUUGGAGCAUCACCCACAGUUGGCAGAACGACUGCAACCCAGUCACGACUCUGGGACGGCAGAGGAAGCCACGGCUUUGGCGAACCUGGAGCAGGAGAUUCAGCGCCUAAGCUCCAACGUCAAGCAGGUUGGGCAGUGCUGUGAGGCCUCCUGGGCUGCCCCCCUCAAUGGCUCCCUUGAAGAUCUACACAGCAUGCUCUCUGACACUCGGUACAGCCUCAGACAGCACCAGCAGCUCUUCCACGGCCUUUUCCAGAACUUUCAAGAGCUGGUGGCAAGCAACAUCAGCCUAGACCUGGGUAAGCUGCAGGCCAUGUUGAGCAAGAAAGAGAAGAAGCAGCAGAAGGGCCUAGAAACAUCUCGGAAGAGGGAGAAGAAGCAAGUGGUGAUGUCUGCAGAUGCACAUGCCAAAAGGAUGGCGAAAGGUGCUCUGGACUCAGAGCUCUGGGAAGCAGACUCCCCUGUGGCCUUCUAUGCCAGUUCUUCAGAAGCGGCAACUGCUCUGCAGAUGGUGAAGUUCAACACCACAUCCAUCAACGUGGGCAGCAGCUACUUCCCUGAACACGGCUACUUCCGAGCCCCCAAACAUGGCAUCUACUUGUUUGCAGUGAGCAUCACAUUUGGCCCAGGCCCAAGCAUGGGGCAGCUGGUAUUUGAAGGCCAUCACCGGGUUCCAGUCUACAGUACAGAACAGAGGGGUGGGAGCACAGCCACUACUUUUGCUUUGGCAGAGCUGCAAAAGGGCAAAAGAGUGUGGUUUGAGUUAAUCCAAGGAUCAGUAACAAAGGGGAGCCAACCACACACUGCAUUUGGGGGCCUCCUAAUAUUCAAGACCUGAACCCUGGAUUCUGCUUGCAUCAGACAUGAUAGACUUACCUGCUGUCUGUAGACUGAGGAUCUGGCUGAAGAACAUAUAGUGGCCUAGCUCUUUCCUGGACGCCUUUUGUAGAAUUCUUUUGAAAACAUAGGUGGGGGAGGCCAGGAAUGCUGCUCUCUGGACUGCGCCUGUGCAGGUGCCUGGAGUGGGAGCUGGGCUUCUCAUGCCUUCCCCAAUGGCAUGGCUUAUCUUGGCUCUAAGCCACUCCCUCAAUUCCACAGGUUACUUGUUUAUUUUGGCAUUUUGCUCCUUCUGUGGUUGGAAACUUCUGUACAUUUGUAUUUUUUUCUAUUUCUUCUUCUCUAUGUCAGGAAGUCUUUGUUUCCCAGGAGAAAUGUUUACAGUGACGGUGACCGGCCAGGUGUAGCUUAUUGAGCGGUUAGCAUGUACAAGUCCCUGGAUUCUCUUUCCAAUACCUCAAAAAACUUGAAGAAAAAAAAAUGGAGAUUUUUUUCUUCCUAAAAUUGGAAAUAAGUCUCUAAUUACUACAGGAAAACUAGUUCAAAACAGCCUUUCUAGUCUCAGAAGGGAGCUAAUGCCUGGUUGAAUCUACUAUAGGAAAUGAAAUUAGUAUCUCUGGGCUGGGGAUUCAGUCCUUGGCACUGUAUAAACUGGGCAUGGUGGUGCCUGUGAUCUCAGCACAUAGAGGAGGCAGCAGGAGGACCAGAAGUUCAGGACCAUCUUCAGUUUUAUAACAAUUCAAGGCUCAAAAUAACAAAAGAAAUUAAUAAUACUGUUUUUUAACUUUCAGUCACCCUUUGUCUUUAUCUGUAUAUUUAAUUUUAAUUUCCUUCAUGCUUCACUCAGUGUAGAGGCCCAGAGAUGUCAACCAGAGACAACACUGGGUAUGGCCUUUGCCCCUUUCAUUCUUCCACUAUCAUGACUGGUCACACCCUCCCCAGCAUCUCUAAGAAGGAAGGAGAGAAACUGAACUCCCCUGAUAAAGACCAACUUUGGAAUAAAACGAUACCGCUGUGAGAGGAAACAUUUGAUGAAGCACUUGUGGGACAAAAUGAAAUUAGGGCAAAUGUGACUCACCAUUCUAGGCAUAUUUAACUAUUAAUACUCAGUUAAUUCUACAUAGACUAUCUAAAAGCCUCCUCACUAGGCAGGGACACAGUAAGUAAACAGGACAGUACAGAAUGGCAGUUCUCUCUGCAGCAUCUCUAUGUGCUUUACAAGUCUCUGGACCCUACCACAGGCUCAAGAAAGCAGUCAUCAGAAAAUAAAGCAGGCUUUGGUAGAGCUCAGUGUCCUCAGAACAUCUCCAUAUUAAAUUGCUUGCUGGGGUCCUCAGUUCAAAUAAUUGACCCUUAGAAUUUACUUACUAAGCUUUGUGCACUCAAUGUGCUGUGGUACCAGUGUCAGAUGAAUAGUAAGCCAGGCCACUCUGUCACUGACAGUUUGACCAUGGGCUAAGCCACAAUUCUUCUAAAUGUUAAUCAUCUAGUGCUUUCAAACUCCGUGAUCUUGACCACAUCUCUGAAUCUUGCUCACCUCAAUACAGCUCUGCUGCUGAGGCUAUUUCUGAACUAGGGCAUGUGUGGUUGGGCCACCACAGACCAAAGCCUGGGGAGCCAUGUGUAUGGCAGAUCACCCUUGUUGCCAGCAGACCUGGGUAUCUUGUGCUCCAUGUUGCUGUCUCUGGCCAGUCCCUUCUAGGACUAAGCUGGAUGGUAGGGCAAUGUAGUCUCAGCACUAAAGACUUCUGUUCAGGAUUUCUGGCAUGAAAUACAGUGUCAAUAAGUUCCCCCAAGAAAGGGUAUUUGUCACCAACCCUCACAAGAAGGUAAUAAAUAAAAAGCACUAGAUAGUCAGGUGUUCCACCACCACUGUAUGAAGCUGUUUCUAGAGUGAGGAGAAAUAAUGGUUCUCUUUAGCAAGGGGCUUUCUAUGCAAUAAACACACCUGAUUACAUUUGACAAAGCCUUAACAUCAAGUUUAAGCUACA